GAUUUUCGGAGCGCUCUAAAGGAUAGGUCCGUCAGAACGAGGAAAUUGGUAUUGCGGCCACGGGCUCGGAGGUUGCCAACGCCACGCCCCAAUGUUGCGAGGACUUACAGCGCGCUGAGCAGCUUGUGCUAGCUAGCUAUCCCCUCCGCUGCCAUCCUCCGAUAUGGUGUCUCAGCUGGUGAGGAAGAAGAGAGGGGUGUUCGUACUGGAGGAACGCUGCCGACGUUGUUGUAUAGCGGGCUCCGACGUAGAGCAGCGCCGAAGUGAGACUCCGCUCAAAGCAUUCGCGUCUCAUAUCCAGGAGAGCAAGGGGCCAUGGCGGUCCUCCGCGUUUCCGCGUUGGAGAGGCUGCAAGACGAAGCACCUUGACUCGUCCACCGUUUUCAUUGCGGGACCCAACGUGACUCAGGAGAUUUUCUCGACGAAGCUCAUGGCAAAGACUCUCCGAAGGCCUCCUGGCAGCCCCGAAGAGCUGCUACGUUAUCGUUCUCGAAGAAGUGGUGAUGGUGUUGAGGGGGUGGAGAGAAGGUGGAAGCUCAAGUCGGCUGCAUCGACGCCCGCUAUCACCUGUAUUCGGCGCCCGCAACCCAGCACAAACCCCCUCAAACGUCAAGCAGCAGCCCGGGAGCUGAGAGCUUCUAUUAUGAUGGCGUUCAUUAGAAAUACAAGUCUCAUCUGUACGCUCUCCCGCUCACAAUGCUACGCCGCCGUCCGCGAUCCGCCGUUCGACACAUGUUCAUGUCGAGCACGAAGCACACGCUUCAUGGCACCCACUUCAUGACCUAGAAAACCUCCUAGUAGAGACCCUAAGCCUCCUAUACACCUCGCAAUUAUCCUCAUCAUCCUACAAGUUUCUGCGCAGGGCCACCGGGGCGACGUCCUACGCCCCUCGUCAACACCCCUCGAAGGUCACCGGGCUUCCCAAUGGCAAACGCGCUAUUUACGGCCCAUAUAAG